AUGGCCGAAAACACCAGAUAUCGAGCAUUGGAGGAGCAGAUUAGGAAGCAAGACGACAGGCUGCAGGAGAUGGCAGAGAAAAUGGCUGCCUCCCGGACGGCCGAACGCGACGAGUUACACCGGAAGCUCCAUGACGAGUUAGAGCACAAUAACGCCAAAUUGGAGACAAUGGUGGGGACCUUGGACCAGAAGUUCAACCAGUUGGAGCAGAAGCUCAAUCUACUCCUGCGGGCAAUGUCGAAGGAAAAAGGCCUCCUGGAUGGCGAGGGGGCAACAUCGGAACCUCUUCUCCCAACUCCCCCGCCGCAUUUGAAGCUAUUUUCUCCGAGCAAACCAGCUAGCCACCAGCAGGAGACCAGAGGAAGGGCGCUCACUCCGGCAGUGCCGCGAAUGGAACUAACGGCUUUCUCAUCAGGUAACCCUCGCGAAUGGCUGAGGAAGUGCCAGAAGCAUUUCUUGAAUUACCAAGUACCACCUAACCAGAAAGUAGACUUGGUUGAAAUGUUCUUGGAAGGAAAAGUUGAUAACUGGUUUCAGGGCGUGAAACUAGCUAAACCGGAAUUGUCUUGGGAAGAAUUUAGCGAAUUGUUGUGUGAAAGAUUUUCAGGCAAAGGUUCACUGGAUAUAGUCGAAGAAUUCAAUAAAUUGCAGCAAAAAGGGACAGUUGAAGAAUAUGAGGAAAAGUUUGAGGAGUUGAAAACACUUAUGCUAAUCCGAAACCCCAAACUAGACGAGUCUUAUUUUGUUUCCAGUUUUAUAAGUGGGUUGAAGGAUGAAAUCAAGACCAUGGUAAAAAUGUUCAAACCUCACACCCUACCAAAAGCAUUUGAGAUAGCCGAAUUACAAGAAAACGCCCUGGAGACUCAGUCCAAGCAGUUCAAAUCCCAGGCUAGACUUGCAGUAGCACCUAAAUUUGGGAUGUUUAAGAACCAGGCAAGUAGCCAAAACCAGGCCAAUUCAUAUAGGUUACCUGCGAUUGUUCCCAACACCAGGAAUACUGAUCAAGUACACAGAGAGAUUGGGAAAAUAUCAGCCGAGGAACUACAGUAUAGGCGCAAACAUGGUUUAUGCUAUAGGUGUGGGGAGAAGUUUGGGGUGGGGCACCAAUGCAAACCUGGUAACCUGAACUGUAUCAGUACAGAGGAAGAGGAAGAGGCUGCAUUUGAAGACGCAGUGGGGGAACAAGAUGAGUAUACAGGCAGGGUGGGAGAGCUUGCGGAAGUGUCCCUGAAUGCCCUGUCGAGUGCUAUCAAGAGGAAAUCCAUCAUGCUGUUGGGGAACUUAGGGGGCCUGCCAGUUAAGAUCCUAGUGGACACCGGAAGUUCCGAUAGCUUUAUAAACCAUAAGAUGGCCAGUCUAUUGCAUCUACCUUAUCAGGCAGUGAACCCUUUCAUUGUGACCCUGGCCGAUGGUACAGACAUCACGAGUGGGGCAAUCUGUCCCAGGGUGACAUGGAUCAUACAGGAAAAUCAGUUCCAGUUCGACUUGAAGGUGAUGGAGCUUGGAGGAUGGGACAUUAUCUUGGGGGUGGACUGGAUGUAUCAAUUUAGCCCAAUUACUUUUGAUUUUCACACCCUCAGCAUUGCCCUUAGCAACCAAGGGCAGUUACUCCAUCUGCAAGGUCUCAUUAAUCAACCUGCAAUGGAGUUAGUUCGGGGUAAGGACCUCAGACCAUUCAUAGAGGCAAAACGCAGGGAAUGUGCCUCCUUGCACGUGGAGUCCAAGGGAGAUCAGAAGGAGAUUAUUCCAGAAGUGGUAGAGGAAGUCCUGCAACAGUACUCCAUGGUGUUUGCUACUCCCACAGGAUUACCUCCAGAGAGGGAGCUUGACCAUCAGAUUAACCUUAAGCCAGGGGCUGAGCCCUUUAAACUCAAACCGUACAGGUAUCCUCACUCCCACAAAACGGAGAUAGAAAAACAAGUGGCUGAAAUGUUCACCAAUGGGAUCAUUGCACACAGCACAAGUCCCUUCGCUUCACCAGUGUUGUUAGUAAAAAAGAAAGAUAAUUCCUGGAGGCUGUGCAUCGAUUAUAGGAGGUUGAAUGACAUGACUGUUAAGGAUAGAUUUCCUAUUCCUAACAUCGAUGAGUUGCUGGACGAGCUACAUGGCACCAAGUACAUGUCUAAGCUGGAUCUCAGAGCCGGCUACCAUCAGUUGAGAGUGAAGGCAGUAGAUACGCACAAGACUGCUUUUCAAACACAUCAUGGGCAUUUUGAGUUCCUGGUGAUGCCAUUUGGGCUCACUAACGCUCCGGCCACGUUCCAGUCAUUAAUGAAUAGGAUAUUUCAGCCUUUCCUGAGGAAAUUUGUACUCGUCUUCUUCGACGACAUCCUGAUCUACAGUCCCACCUUGGAAACUCACGUCCAGCACCUACAAGCUGUCCUUGAGAUACUGGCUACAAACAAACUCUAUUGUAAGAGGUCUAAGUGCUCAUUUGCGCAGACAUCUAUAGAAUAUCUGGGACAUGUGAUCUCUGAUGUCGGUGUGAGUAUGGAUUCAGCCAAGGUGGAUUGCAUCCGGGAUUGGCCUACACCCAAAACAGUCAAGGAAUUGAGGGGUUUUUUGGGCUUGACCGGAUACUACAGAAGAUUUAUCCAUGGUUAUGGGUUGAUUUGUAAGCCUUUGACUCAGUUGUUGAAGAAAGAUGGUUUUGCGUGGACCUUAAGGCUCAGUUAG